AUGGAAAAUGCUAGUGAUCACAUAGAUACAAAAUAUCGUUUUUAUGAUGCUUCUGGAGAACCAUGUAUUUGGUUAACGCCUAUCGAAGGAUUUGCAAAAAAACCUUUAGUUCCACUUGAAGAAGCUGUUGAACCAAUUAUUCCAAUUAUUCCUGAUAUUCAAAUGAAAGUUGAUAAGAUUAAAAAGCAGGCUGCUGCAAUGUAUCAUGACAAUAAUCUUUCAAUUGAUGAAUCAGCUGCAAUUACAUUAUAUACAAUGGAAUGGGAUCCAUAUACAAAUUCACUUUAUUAUAUUCUUAAUUCAACAUUACGUGAUGAAGAUCGAACUAGUUUAAAACCAUGGUUUUUAUACCUUAAACUUAUUAUUACUGCAUUAUCACGUCUUCCAACGAUUAGUCGUAUUGUUUAUCGUGGAAUUGCAUUAUGUGAUUAUCGUAAAUAUCAACAAAGAAAUAGUAUUAUUUGGUGGGGUUUUUCGUCGUGUUCAACAAAUAAAAAUGUUUCAGUAAAUGAAAAUUUCUUUCAUGAAAACGGUGAACCAAUACUUUUUAUUAUUGAUUGUAUCACAGGUAAAGAUAUUAGUAAAUAUUCAUUUUUUCAAAAAGAAAAUGAAAUAUUACUUUUACCUGCAACUACAUUAGAGGUUGUUAAAUGUGAUUGUAAAAAAAAUAAUUGUAUUGCAAUUCAUCUGAAAGAAAUUAAAUCACCAUAUCAACUUUUAGAAUCAGUACCAAUCGAAACACAAAUUCCAUCAAAGGAAAAUUCUUCAAUAUUUCAUAAUCUACGAGCAUUCAUAGAAAAAUCUAAACCAAUUUUUGAUACAAAAAUUGAUAAAGAAAUAAUUCGAUUACACGAUCGUUCACUUGCAUGUUUAUUUCGAAAACGUUUUACCGAUAAUGAUUUAGAAACGAUUGAUCAAGAAGUUGUUAUAAAGAAACAAUGUCGUGUACUUUCUUUAAGAGGACGUGAGAUAACACCACAGGGUGCAAUAAUUAUUGGUAAAUUUUUAGAAAAUAAUCAUACAUUAGAAGAAUUGUAUUUAAACGGGAUUCAAAUCGGUAAUAUGGGUGCUGAAAUUCUUGCAGAACGUCUUUCAAAUGGAACAAAUUCAUAUUUAAAACGACUUUGUCUUAAUGAUACUGGUAUUACAGACGAAGGUGUUGAACAUUUAGCAAUAAUGUUAACAAAAAAUAAAUCAUUAACUCAUCUAUGGUUACCAAACAAUCCUAUACGUGAUCUAGGUAUACAAUGUUUGGCUAGAAAACUUAUAAAUAAUAAUACACUUCAAAAACUUUCUCUUGAAUGGAAUAAAUUUACAAGAUGUGAAACUGUUGAUAUACUUAUUGAAUUGAUUGAAAAAAAUCAAACAUUACAACAAGUUGAUUUAUAUGGACGUGAUUUAUCUCGAUCUGAUAGUCGAAGACUAAACAUGAGUGCACAAACAAAGAGCAACUUUAUACUAAGAAUACAUUAA